AUGGACUCACCAAUGGUAAUAGAUUUUGAGAUAACUGAAGGUAACACAGAAAAUAUUCCGUUCUGGUUACGUGAUGUUUUCGAUAGAGCAUUAAACACAUCUGGAUUUAGAAGAAAUAGACUGGCUUCAGACGAAGCUAUUGCAAGUUUAAUUAAAGUUGAUCUGAGUCAACUUAAAGAUAAGGAAUGUUCAAUAUGUUAUGAAAGCUUUACAUCUGGACUCACCGAAUCAAAGCAAAAACUGGAAGGUCAUGAAUCUAAAGGUGAAGCUAAAACUAGAGCUCUACUAUCCUUGGAUAAAUCAUUUAAAGAUAAAUUAUUUAACGAUCAUAGUGUUAAAUUACAUACAAUGGAACAUAAGUCAAAAUUCAAUGAUCCUUAUUUCUUUUUCCCUACUGACGUUGGUGGAGCAUCAUAUAGUCGUUUUCCUCAGAGACAUCUAUCUACAUUAAAACAUGUAACAAUUGAAGAUCAGUUUCCGGGAUAUAAAGGUGAUGAUAAAGCAAUGAAAGAUAAAAAAAUAGAACAAUACAAGAAAGAAGGUCACGUAGCUGUCAAAAUGCCCGAAUGUGAACAUAUUUUUGGACUAUCAUGUAUAGUUGAAUGGUUAAAAGCUAAUGUUUCAUGUCCAUUAUGCCGAAAAGAAGUUGAAGCAAAUAAUAACGAUCCAAAAAGAAUGAAAAGAGAAAAUAUUGAAUAUAAUACUGUUGCAAAUUUUAAUGAUGAACAAACAAUGGUAAAUCAUAUUUUAAAUCAUACCACAGACGUUUUCAAUCCUUUUAGACGUCCGUUUAAUCCUUCAAUAACACCCGUGACUGAUUCUUUUAUGCCCCAAGAUUGGGCUACACCGUCAUACCAAACAUUACCCCAAAGAUCAAGAAAUCCAUCAAUAGUUCUACCAAAACGCUUUCCGUUAAUGGAAUCAUUUGGAAGUAGUCCUAGAUUGUCUUCCAUUCGAAGAACCUCCAGAGAAAAUAGAAGAGUAAGAAGAAACAGACCAGUCAAUAACAACAACAACACCAACAACAACAACAACAACACUAACGUUAAUACCACUAAUACCAAUAAUAAUUUCAACCUUAAUAGUAAUGAAACAAACAAUAACGAAGAUGACGAAAACCUUAGUAUUGAAGAAGACUUAGAUAGUGUCGAAGAAAGACGAAGAAGAAGAAGAAGUGCUUCAAAUGACUCGUCAAGGAGUGCUAGAAGAGUUAACUUCUCACCACAUACUACUAAUAUUGAUGAUUUGAAUGAUUCUACAGAUAGUGAAACUUUGUGA